GGGCGGCGGCGGCGGCGGCGGCCAAGUAAGGUCUCCUGGCUUCCUCCUGCGCCCGCGCUGCUGGUGCCGAGGAGCGCAGGGUCGCGCCGUGACGUGCGGGAGGCGCGGCGGGGGCGCCAGAUGGCUGAGAGCUAGCAAGGAAAUUUUAGGACCAUGAUGGCUCAGUUUCCCACAACUAUGAAUGGAGGGCCAAACAUGUGGGCUAUUACCUCUGAAGAGCGGACUAAGCAUGACAAGCAGUUUGAUAACCUCAAACCUUCAGGAGGGUACAUAACAGGUGACCAAGCACGUACCUUUUUCUUACAGUCAGGCCUGCCAGCUCCUGUUUUAGCUGAAAUAUGGGCUUUAUCAGACCUGAACAAGGAUGGUAAGAUGGACCAGCAAGAGUUCUCCAUAGCUAUGAAACUCAUCAAGCUAAAGCUUCAAGGCCAGCAGUUGCCUGUGGUUCUCCCUCCUAUUAUGAAGCAGCCUCCCAUGUUCUCUCCCUUAAUUUCUGCUCGUUUUGGAAUGGGAAGCAUGCCCAAUCUAUCCAUUCCUCAGUCAUUGCCUCCAGUUGCACCUAUAACAACGUCCUUGUCCUCUGCGACUUCAGGGACCACCCUUCCUCCGUUAAGGAUGCCUGCUCCCCUAGUGCCUUCUGGUAGCACAUCAUCAUUACCAAAUGGAACCGUCAGUCUCAUCCAGCCUUUAUCCAUUCCUUAUUCUUCUGCAACAUUGCCUCAUACGUCGUCUUAUAGUCUGAUGAUGGGAGGAUUUGGUGGUGCUAGUAUACAGAAGGCCCAGUCUCUGAUUGAUUUAGGAUCUAGCAGUUCAACUUCCUCAACUGCUUCACUCUCAGGGAACUCGCCCAAGACUGGAACCUCAGAGUGGGCAGUUCCUCAGCCUUCAAGAUUAAAAUAUCGGCAGAAAUUUAAUAGUCUUGACAAAAGCAUGAGUGGAUACCUCUCAGGUUUUCAAGCUAGAAAUGCCCUUCUUCAGUCAAAUCUUUCUCAAACUCAGCUAGCUACUAUUUGGACUCUGGCUGACAUUGAUGGUGAUGGACAGCUAAAAGCUGAAGAGUUCAUCCUGGCAAUGCACCUCACUGACAUGGCCAAAGCUGGACAGCCACUUCCGCUCACUUUACCUCCUGAGCUUGUGCCUCCAUCCUUAAGAGGAGGAAAGCAACUUGAUUCCAUUAAUGGAACUCUGCCUUCAUAUCAGAAAAUACAAGAAGAGGAACCUCAGAAAAAAUUACCAGUUACAUUUGAGGACAAGUGGAAAGCCAACUAUGAGCGAGGAAACAUGGAACUGGAAAAGCGACGCCAAGCCUUGAUGGAGCAGCAGCAGAGGGAGGCAGAGCGCAAAGCCCAGAAAGAAAAGGAAGAGUGGGAACGGAAACAGAGAGAACUGCAAGAACAAGAAUGGAAGAAACAGCUUGAACUAGAAAAACGCCUGGAGAAACAGAGGGAACUGGAGAGACAGCGGGAGGAAGAAAGGAAAAAAGAAAUAGAAAGACGAGAGGCAGCAAAACAAGAACUUGAACGACAACGUCGUUUAGAAUGGGAGAGAAUUCGUCGACAGGAGCUUCUCAAUCAAAGAACUAGAGAACAGGAAGAAAUUGUCAGGUUAAACUCCAAAAAGAAGAGUCUUCAUCUUGAGUUGGAAGCACUGAAUAGCAAACAUCAGCAGAUCUCAGGCCGACUUCAAGAUGUCCGACUCCGAAAGCAAACACAAAAGACUGAAAUUGAAGUUCUGGAUAAACAGUGUGACCUGGAAAUUAUGGAAAUCAGGCAACUUCAACAAGAACUUCAGGAAUAUCAAAAUAAGCUUAUGUAUUUGGUACCUGAGAAGCAGUUAUUAAAUGAAAGAAUUAAAAACAUGCAGCUUGAUAACACGCCUGAUUCAGGGAUCAGUUUACUUCAUAAAAAAUCAUUAGAAAAGGAAGAAUUAUGCCAAAGACUUAAAGAACAAUUAGAUGCUCUUGAAAAAGAAACUGCAUCUAAACUAUCAGAAAUGGACUCAUUUAACAAUCAACUAAAGGAACUGAGAGAAAGCUACAAUACACAACAGGUAGCCCUUGAACAACUUUACAAGAUCAAACGUGACAAACUGAAGGAAAUUGAAAGAAAAAGGUCAGAGAUGAUACAGAAAAAAAAACUAGAAGAUGAUGCUGCAAGGAAAGCAAAACAAGGAAAAGAAAACUUAUGGAAAGAAAGUCUUAGAAAAGAGGAAGAAGAAAAACAAAAGCAACUCCAGGAAAAAAAAAUACAAGAGAAAAUUCAAGAACAGGAACAGAAAGCUGAGGAGAAACAAACUAAGGGUGGAACAGCUUGUGCUUUGGUGAAUUAUAGAGCAUUAUACCCAUUUGAAGCAAGGAGUCAUGACGAGAUGAGUUUUAACUCUGGAGAUAUUAUACAGGUUGAUGAAAAAACCAUAGGGGAGCCUGGUUGGCUCUAUGGUAGUUUUCAAGGACAUUUUGGCUGGUUUCCAUGCAACUAUGUAGAAAAAAUUUCAUCAAGUGAAAAAGCUUUGUCUCCUAAAAAGGCCUUAGUUCCUCCUGCAUUGUCUUUACCUGCUACCUCAACUUCCUCUGAACCACUUUCUUCAAAUCAACCAGCAUCAGUGACUGAUUAUCAAAAUGUAUCUUUUUCAAACCUAACUGUUAAUACAUCAUGGCAGAAAAAAUCAGCUUUUACUCGUACUGUGUCCCCUGGAUCUGUCUCACCUAUUCAUGGACAGGGACAGGUUGUAGAAAACUUAAAAGCACAGGCCCUUUGUUCCUGGACUGCAAAGAAGGAUAACCACUUGAACUUCUCAAAACAUGACAUCAUUACUGUCUUGGAGCAGCAAGAAAAUUGGUGGUUUGGGGAGGUACAUGGAGGAAGAGGGUGGUUUCCAAAAUCUUACGUCAAGAUCAUCCCAGGGAGUGAAGUCAAGAGAGAAGAACCAGAAGCUGUGUAUGCAGUUGUAAAUAAGAAACCUACCUCUGCAGCCUAUACAGGUGGAGAAGAGUAUAUUGCACUUUAUUCAUAUUCAAGUGUAGAGCCUGGAGAUUUGACUUUCACCGAAGGUGAAGAAAUAUUGGUGACCCAGAAGGAUGGAGAAUGGUGGGCAGGAAGUAUUGGAGACAGAACUGGAAUUUUUCCAUCAAAUUAUGUUAAGGCAAAAGAUCAAGAGAGUUUUGGGAGUGCUAGCAAAUCUGGAACGUUAAACAAAAAACCUGAGAUUGCUCAGGUAACUUCAGCAUAUGUGGCUUCUGGUUCUGAACAACUUAGCCUUGCACCAGGCCAGUUAAUAUUAAUUCUAAAGAAAAAUGCAAGUGGAUGGUGGCAGGGGGAGUUACAGGCCAGAGGAAAAAAGCGACAGAAGGGAUGGUUUCCUGCCAGCCAUGUUAAACUUUUGGGACCAAGUAAUGAAAGAACUACACCUGCUUUUCAUCCUGUAUGUCAAGUGAUCGCUAUGUAUGACUAUGUGGCAAAUAAUGAAGAUGAGCUAAAUUUCUCCAAGGGGCAACUUAUUAACGUUUUGAACAAAGAUGAUCCUGACUGGUGGCAAGGGGAAAUCAGUGGAGUGACUGGUCUCUUUCCUUCAAACUAUGUUAAGAUGACAACAGACUCAGAUCCAAGUCAACAGUGGUGUGCUGAUCUCCAAACCCUGGACACCAUGCAGCCAGUUGAGAGGAAGAGGCAGGGCUACAUUCACGAGCUGAUCCAGACCGAAGAGCGGUACAUGGAUGACCUUCAGCUCGUCUUAGAGGUUUUCCAGAAACGAAUGGCGGAGUCAGGCUUUCUUGCUGAAGGAGAAAUGGCCUUGAUCUUUGUUAACUGGAAAGAGCUCAUCAUGUCCAACACCAAGUUGCUGAAGGCCUUGCGGGUUCGGAAGAAGACAGGAGGUGAGAAGAUGCCUGUGCAGAUGAUCGGGGACAUCCUGGCGGCCGAGCUCUCCCACAUGCAGGCUUACAUCCGCUUCUGCAGUUGUCAGCUGAAUGGGGCAGCCCUGUUACAACAGAAGACAGAUGAAGACACGGACUUCAAAGAGUUUUUAAAGAAGCUGGCAUCUGACCCUCGAUGUAAAGGGAUGCCCCUGUCAAGCUUCCUGCUGAAGCCCAUGCAGAGGAUCACCCGCUACCCUCUCCUCAUCAGAAGUAUUCUAGAGAACACCCCGGAGAGUCACGUAGACCAUUCCUCUCUAAAGCUGGCCCUCGAGCGGGCAGAGGAGCUUUGCUCUCAAGUGAAUGAGGGAGUUCGAGAGAAAGAAAAUUCAGACCGGCUGGAAUGGAUCCAGGCACAUGUUCAGUGUGAAGGUCUGGCUGAGCAACUUAUUUUCAACUCCCUCACCAACUGCCUGGGGCCACGGAAGCUUCUGCACAGUGGGAAAUUAUAUAAGACCAAGAGCAAUAAGGAACUGCACGGAUUCCUCUUCAAUGACUUCCUGCUUCUUACCUACAUGGUCAAGCAAUUUGCUGUUUCCUCGGGCUCUGAGAAACUUUUCAGCUCUAAAUCCAAUGCCCAGUUCAAAAUGUAUAAGACACCCAUUUUCCUGAAUGAAGUCUUGGUGAAACUGCCCACAGACCCUUCCAGCGAUGAGCCUGUCUUCCACAUUUCUCACAUUGAUCGGGUCUACACUCUCCGAACAGACAACAUUAAUGAGAGGACAGCCUGGGUCCAGAAGAUCAAAGCAGCCUCUGAGCAGUACAUUGACACUGAAAAGAAGAAACGAGAGAAGGCAUAUCAAGCCCGCUCUCAAAAGACUUCCGGCAUCGGGCGUCUGAUGGUGCAUGUCAUUGAAGCCACAGAAUUAAAAGCCUGUAAACCAAAUGGAAAGAGCAACCCAUACUGUGAAAUCAGCAUGGGCCCCCAGAGCUACACCACCAGGACCCUCCAGGACACGCUGAAUCCCAAGUGGAAUUUUAACUGCCAGUUCUUUAUUAAGGACCUUUACCAAGAUGUGCUGUGUCUCACCAUGUUUGACAGAGACCAGUUUUCUCCAGAUGAUUUCCUGGGUCGUACUGAAGUUCCAGUGGCAAAAAUUCGAACAGAACAGGACAGCAAAGGCCCUACGACCCGCCGACUCCUGCUGCACGAGGUCCCCACGGGGGAGGUCUGGGUCCGCUUUGAUCUGCAGCUUUUUGAGCAAAAAAAUCUCCUAUAGGGGCUCGGGAGACACAAGGAGGUUUGCCCCCCAAGGCUGGGGCUGGAGAGGGACGGACUGUGCUCACCCUGGGCUGAAGGAGCAUCACGCAGCUUCAUCCAUGCCACACACGCCAGGACCCUCUAUUUUAUUGUGCACUAAAUCGCUAGCAAUCUAUGCAAAUAUGAUCUUUCCUAUAAAUAAACCAAACCCAUAGCACAGUGCCUUGUAUUAGUGUUCACACCUUCAGUUGUGUUUAGAUGCCAGGGUUUCCAUUUUCAGGGCUAUCAAAAGUAUUACGUGGAAAUGAGGCAUCAGAGCACGGACGUUACCACUUGCUUGAAUGUGUCCAUCGUGGAGUGGUUUUGGUCGCACUGUAGCUAGCCAUUCCACCGCGUGUGAUCUCUGCUGGGUCACAGCCACUCAGGAGGCGAAGUAUUGGGACGAAAUGCCGAGGCCUCGGCGCUUGAGCAGCCUGAUACUGAAAUAGUGUCUACUCUGCACUGAAUAAAACCCAGAAACUUGAUCAUUUUAUUCCUGAUUAGAUGUUAUCAUUCUCUGCUGAGACAAUAUAGUUUGAGAUCUAAGGGGGAAAGCUCGAUUUACUUUAAAUACUGUGAACUCUAAUGAUGUGGAAAAAUAUUUUUCAGUUUUCUGAAGUAUAAAUUAUUUAUGUAAGUUCCCUGUUUUUCCGUAUUUCAUAGGACAUGCAUCUUUAAGCUUUGUCAUUGCCAAUAUGUACAGAAAGAAUUAAAAUGUAAGUUUAUGAAUGCAACUGCCUCUCAAGCAUGGCCGGUUUACUUUCUAUGUGCAAAGCUCUUAAAGGGAAACCCCAGAGGCUGCUGAUAACGAAACCAAACCUCCUUUCUGGUUCAGUGGGAGAAGCCGGAGAUGGGGGUCGGUGACCCAGGGCCCGUCAUGACUCCCAGUAACUUGUUCUGUGACUUUGGCGACUUUUCCUAACGUUUCUGGGCCUCAGUUUCUUUGAGUGGGUGAUCUCUGUGGAAACUACACUCACCCUUCUGAGCAUUUCUGCUCGCCUGUUGAGUAGGAACCUCAGAGGUAGCAUCCCAGUAAAGAAAAUGCACAGGGAGUGAGCAUCACUCAGCAGAUCCGUUAGGUCCCCGGCUCCAGAAGCACCCAUCUUUCCUCCUGGCUCUUUGUCCCCAUGCCUAUCAGCUUCUUGUUCAGCCUCUGAAUUUUGAAAUGUGGAAGUGUUUGGAACGUUAGUAAAAAUAAGGUCUUAUACAUGAAGUCCCCGGAGUGAUGAGUGAAGCUGGAGGAAGAGCUGUCUUUGGGAAGGAACCCCUCAGGUUGCAGGAACCCUGAUUCCAAAGGGGCAGGUCUCCUCAGAGCAGCUGGAGGCAUGGGAAGGAUCCAGUGUCCCAAGGGCUUGGGCUUCCACCACAGCCCCUCUUUUUGUACAAACAUCAUCACUGGGCAAAGAAGAGCUGGACGUUAUAGUUCAGUAGGUUCAAAGAUCUUUGUUUUUAAAUCCAUCACCUACUCAUCCCAAUAUCGAUCCUGGGCACUAAUUGGUUAAAACACAGACCUAAAAAUGCCACCGUGUCAAAGGAGACAGCACUCAGUAUCUGAAACCAAAACACAUCAAUUAAAGGACAGCUUGGCCUUGAAUAAAGCAAACUGUUGGUCUUAUGUAGGGUUUGGGAAGUAUGUUUUUUGUUGGCUACGAGGAGGCAGGUGUGGUUGAUGUUCCGGGGAGUAUGCCUCUGAUGGGCUGACUUUCAGAGCAUGAGGCUGCCCUUGAUGAAUUCAACCAAAAAUCAAACCUGUUGCUGUCAAUUCCAACUCAUAGAGACCCUACAGGAGAAGUAGAACUGCCCCAUAGGGUUUCCAAGGAGCGGCUGGUGGAUUCAAACUGCUCACCAUUUGGUUACCAAACAAGCUCUUAACCACUGUGCCACCAGGGCCCCACUGAUGGAUUAAAACCCACUGCCGUCAAGUUGAUUCCGACUCAUGGUGACUCCAUAGGGUUUCUAAGGCUGUAAACAUCUAUGGAAGCAGAUUGCCACAUCUCUUUUCUGCGGAGUAGCUGGUGGUUUUAAAACAGCAGACCUUUCAGUUAGCAAUCGCUUUAACCACUUCACCACCAGGGCAUGGAUUCCAAAAAAAAAACCAAACCUGUUGCCGUCGAGUUGAUUCCGACUCAUAGUGACCCUAUAGGACAGGUUAGAACUGUCCCACAAAGCUUCUAAGGAGCCCCUGGUAGAUCUGAACCGCCGACUUUCUGAUUAGCAGCCGUAAAACUUAACCACUACACCACCAGGGUUUCCAGGCAUGCCUAAAACAAGUUCUGAUCAUAGCUACAGAACAAUCCUUUUCACAGAAGUGCAAGCACUUUAAUUCUCACUAGGAUGAACUAUGGCUAAUGCCAUUUCUUUGUCUCUAGAUACUUCAGGUUCUUUGGUCAGAUUUAGGACAACCUCAACUGCAGUCUCUGGGGGCCUGCAAGAUCUGAGUCAAACAGCUUUGAUGAUGCUGCGGAGAAUGUUUAAGGUCAGAACACUCAGCAACCCCGGUCACUCCUUUUGACCUUGGAACACAGGUCCACUCCUUAAGAAAUCAAGUUCUCUCCUGGCUGUACUGUGAGGUGAUUUCCUGGAGGGUGUGGGGAGGGAGAGGAAGGCACACCCUCAAGGACCAGGUAAAAGACAAGGGGAGGGGCUGAGCACACGUGCUCCACACGCCCUGGAAACCUCCCCUCUGGUGAGCAGUCCCCAGCAAGCCCUCCAUGCUCUCUGGGAUCAGAUGUUGUGGGGGGCUGAGGGGAACAACACGCCCCGAAGGAGACCCAAAUUCUUAGCAGUGGGUCAGCAUUACAAAGACUGUGUGGUGCUCUAGUGGAAUGAGCGUGUGCUUUGGCACCAGAGGGACCAGAAUUGGAACAGAACACUGUCAUGUUCAAGCCAUGGGGUUGACCUUGGGCAAGUCAUUGAACCUCCCUGAGCUUCCUGUAUUGGAGGAUAAUAAUAUGAUCUUGCUGUUAAAAUGUUUAAAUGAAUAUCAGAUACCGCACACAGUUCUUGGUUUAUAACAAACCCACCCAGUGCCGUUGAUUUGAUAACAGGAGCUCAAUAAACAGUAGCUAUUAUUUUUCUGAAAUUUCUUGAACUAUCUCUUGGCUUCUUGAGAGGGGGACACGUUACUGCACGCUGAAGUUCAAUGAAGCUUUAUUGCAGACGCCUUCCUUACAGAUGGCACAACUCGAAGCUGCCCGGGCCGGCCCCCACCUGCAGCGAGGCCAGGUGUUUCGCCAGGACCUCCGCUGUCAUGACUCUUCUUUCUACAGACUGUGCCCCCCCUCCACGAUGGCGUUCCCCAGCCGCCCAAGAUCGGGGUCUCUGCUGUCUGGCUCCUAAGACCUAUUGAUGGAAGAGAAUUGCUGAGUAUGGUGUAGGGAAGGGGGGCUUAUGGGUGCAGGGAGGAACUCCCUCCCCCGCCCCCCAAUCCCACCACACACUCAGCCCUCCUCCCAGAGCUGAGAUACUCAUUGCGUUUCAAGCAGGUUCCUAACGAACUCUCUCACACUGGUUUCAGCAGCUCUCAGACAAGGCCUUCAAUAUCUUUGGACUCCACAUAGUACUAACACCAUGGACGGCAGAAAGAACUAUGCAUGCCCCCCUGCCACGGUGCUCAGACCAGCCAGGGACUACUUUGCCAGUGCCCCCACCCCCUACAGUCGGCAACCAAGCAGAAAAACCAAACCCGGUGCCGUCGAGUUGAUUCCAACUCAGAGUGACCCUAUAGGGCAGAGUAGAACUGCCCCAUAGGGUUUCCAAGAAGCGGCUAGUGGAUUUGAACUGCCAACCUUCUGGUUAGCAGCUGAGCUGUUAACUACUGCACCAUCAGGGCUCCACAGUUAGAGAUGGCCAUGUGAAAUAUGAGAGGCAGUGACAUUUGCCCCCCGGGCUGGCCCACAUAUACCUCCCAGGGCAGAACUCCAAGAUCUCUUCCCUUUUUAGGCUGACAGGAAUAAGUCCCCCAGGGCAACCUUGGAAACCAAGUUCUGAAGGUGACAAAAGUUCUAUCAUCCCAGGUCCUGAAGACUGUGUGAAAGGGACAGCCUGCUGGCCUAAUGACCCACCCAGUGCUGGUACGAGAAAGAAACGUCUGAGGUUAAGCCAUUGUCCAUCUUUUGUAUCUAUGGUAAGAGCAGUUAGCUGACCCUAACAUAGGCUGGAGCCCUGGUGGCAUAGUGUUCAAGAGCUCAGCUGCUAACCAACACAGGGGUCACAGUGACAACAGCCACAUGAAGAGCUGAUGAAGGGGCUCCCUUGUGCUCUCAGACUGAAUUGUGCUCAGAGGAAAACACUCCAAGGUGGUGGUAACUUAACACAUGAGGAGAAUCCUCUCCUCUCUGAGACUGGGGGGAGCAAUGGGAUCAGGUAGGUUGGGUCACAAAAAAUAUCUAACAAAGUUUUCAAGCUAGAGAGAAGGAAUAGUUCCUCAUCCUGUGUGUGUGUGUGUGUGUAAACAGUUGGUGAAAGGAGAAAUGCAAAGAUCUACUGGGCAGGUUAUCAACUGACUCACUACCAAGUGGGGGUGCUAUAACCCCCCUAUGGCCUGCCCUGGGAGGGUCCUAAACCCCAGGCCUCAGGUGACAGGGUGAAUGAGAGAGGAUGGAAGGGAGAGAGAAAUGCGCUCAGACCGGGAGUUGUAAAUUGUGUCAGCAAAACUGUGAGCUCUGGAGAAAAAAAGUGUGUGCUCAGAAAAUUCCUGCAUGUUUACAAAAUACCUUCUUAAUAGAUGGAUUAUUACUUUGCCUCUAAUUUUUUUAAGUAUAAAUUCCUUUUUAAAAAUUCUCGCCUAUUACGGCUGAACUAAGGAGCAUGAAAUUUUGGUCUGGCUUGGAUGUCAUAAGCAGUAAAUGGAAGAAAAAUGGCAGGAAGGCAAAAACUCAGGGAAAGGAGGGGCAGCUCCACCCUAGCCAGGAUUCCCCACCAGUUCCACAUGCGGAGACAGUCAGCCUGUGAUGGUACAGUCAGUCUUCUACUUUCCUGAGUUGCUUCACAUAAGGCCUCCCUGCCAAAGGUGCCCACUUAUGCAGCCACACGAAGCCCAGAACAAUCCCACCAUUUCUUCUGAGUAAAACAAAUGCUCCCUUCUGCCUCCACUUUUUCACUCCCUUGUUUGCCUACUGCCUCCACUGCCCUGAAGAGCCUGUCAGGGAAGGAGGAAACCAUCAAUGGCUGGGACUUUGGAGUCAAUGUAACUAUCUUGUGGGCGCAGCAAAAUUGUGCUGUCCCGGCCCCUGCUCCCCCAGACCUCUGCUCACCUGACCCUUCUUCUCAUCUUUUCUAUUCUCCUGGUUGAGCUUUGAGAAAUAAAACUGCCUUUCGAAAGCAGUCUGACUUAGGUCAGUUGUUUUUUUCUCUUUAUCAGACAGAUGUUUCUUUUCUACACAGGUUAGCUUUUCAGGUCUGCAAAGAAAGAAUUAACUCAGUACAAACUUGUAUCAUUCAGUAAUUGUCUGAAAUUUAAUGAACUCAAUACUCUUAUGAAAAGAUCGAAUAGACACCAUCACUUGGGAGCUGUCUGUCCCACCUCCAUCCCUUUUGGCACAACCCUCAAGUAGACAGUGAGUGAGUCUUGGGCCGUUCUGGUGGUGGCUGAGUGGACCACCAAUGGGCACCUGGUCCAAGCUAAGGGGGUCAGAGGCUCAAUCCCUAAGCUGUAGUGGGGCAGCCUCUGAGUGCUCGCUCAGAAAGCCAGGCAGGGCUGGGGCAUCAUUUCCCAGCACCCACAUGAAAAAGCCGGUGUGCAGGGAAUGAGAAAUGAAGCAGGUUCACAAAAAGAAGCAAUGUGUCCCGAAGAGGAAGGGGCUGGCCUCUUGGUCCCCCAAGCAGUUUGGCUUUCUUCUUGGCCUUGGCUUCCAUGACACACAGGUGCCUUCUAACAUACAUAGCCCUCCCCUCUCCUUUUUUUUUUUUUGCAUGUGCUUGAGCAAAGCUCUGUUUUUUAUAAUCAAACUGUCCCUGUCUAAUAUAUAGCCACCUUGCUCUGAAGUCCCUUUCCUACACUGUAAAAAUGGCAUGGAGGAAGACGGCAGAAUACACAGACGCUUCCGUCGAGCCCUCUUUACGACAAAGACCCAAAAAAACAAGUGAAACGAGUAUAUUUGUGACAAGCUGGGAGCCCUGAGCAUCAAAGGCAAGCUCAGACAAUGAACUGAGGGGCAGGGGGAGGAAGAGGCCGUUCAGAAGUGGAGAGGAGUUACCGGACCUAAAUCGCGGGGAGCCCUCAGGCACCAAUCCCGGAGCAGCAGCGGCGGCGGCGGGCUGGUACUAGUGUUGGGCCGCAGUUUCCUCAGGAAGAAGCAGCCAGCCACACAGCCUACUCACACCUCCAGAACCUGAGGAAAACGGUGCUCUCGGCAAAAGCUAAGUACUUGUGUAUAUUUUACCGUGCCCCCCCACCCCCCAGCCAGCUUCAGCGGCUGAAUCCCUGGGCCUGAAAUAGACCCUGGUGAGCACCUAGAGCCCAUCCUCCCGGCCUUGGGGAAGGAAAAAAUUUGCAACUGGGGGGAAAAGAUAAUUUGCUAGCUCCAUUAACUGGGGGAGCUCAGGAUAUAAACGGCUCCUGUCCAGGCAUAAGCCGUUCGUGGACCUUGAGCACCUUUCCCUUCUGCAUGGAAAUGUGUGGGCCUAUUUCGGGAGAAUGGGCCCUUGUUGGCAAACUCCAACCAUUUCAGCUGUGCGGUGGUGAGGUGGGUGUUUGACGUCUAACAUUGCUUUGUCUAUUAAACAAGGUCCUCACCUACCCACAUCAGGGACCUAAGGACUGGUAGCUCCACUCAGAUCACCCAGCCACCCCUGACAGGGGUCCAAAGAUAACUGGUACCUCCCAGUCCUUACAACCAAAAACUUUGGGUGCCCAUGGUCCCUCUGCAGAACCCAACCACCAGCACACUCUAGGGAACAGGGUUGCGUUUUCCUCAGAGACACUCGGGGAUUGGUUCUCAGCCCCCUGCCUUGUUCAGAGCAUGACCCCCUGCUGCAAUCAGAUACCGGUAUAUACGCCAAUCACCCCUGCCCCUCUAAGACUGUAGGACAGAGCCUGUACCACACACUUGAUGAUCAGCAACCUGGAAAACUGAGCUGAAUUCAUACAAGAAAAGUGAAUGGACUCCUAGACUGAUAUACCUAAUAACAGCUCUAGCCAGCUGGGGACAGGACACUAGAGCUCCAAAGGCAAAAAUAAUCAAGCUAGCUCACUCAAGCAACCCAUAGGGGUAUACCAAAACAAAACAAAGCAAGCAGCUACAACACAGUAAGCAAGCAUAAACUAAUACAAUAACUUAUAGAUGGCUCGGAGACAACAGUCAAUAUCAAGUCACAUAAAGAAACGGACCGUAAUCACCUCAACAGGCUCUCAAAACAAAGAAUCCACGGAUCUUCUAGAUGAAAGUGCAUUCCUGGAAUUACCAGAUGCAGAAUACAGAAGUUUAAUAUACAGAACCCUUCAAGACAUCAGGAAGGAAAUGAGGCAACACACAGAACAAGCCCAGGAACACAAAGAUAAAGCAACUGAAGAAAUUAGAAAGAUUAUUCAGGAACAUAAUGAAAAGUUUAAUAAACUAGAAAAAUCCAUAGACAGCAAUCAGAAAUUCAGAAGAUUAACAAUAAAAUUACAGAAUUAGAUAACUCAAUAGAAAGUCAGAGGAGCAGAAGUGAGCAAGUAGAAGCUAGAACUCGAAGAUAAAUCACUUGGCACUAAUAUAUUUGAAGAAAAAUCAGAUAAAAGAAUUUUUAAAAAAUGAAGAAACCUUAAGAAUCAUAUGGGACUCUAACAAGAGAAAAUAACCUAUGAGUGAUUGAAGUACCAGAACUGGGAGGGAUAACAGAAAAUACAGAGAAAAACUGUUGAAGAUUUGUGGGCAGAAAACUUCCCUGAUAUUGUGAAAGAUGAGAAGAUAACUAUCCAAGAUGCCCAUUGAACUCUACAUAAGGUAGAUCUUAAAAGAAAGUCACCAAGAUAUAUUAUAGUCAAGCUUGCCAAAACCAAAGAUAAAGAGAGAAUUGUAAGAGCAGUUAGGGAUAAACGAAAAGUCACCUACAAAGCAGAGCCAGUAAGAAUAAGCUCGGACUACUCAACGGAAACCAUGUGGGCAAGAAGGCAAUGGGAUGACAUAUUUAAAAUACUGAAGGAAAAAAAUUGCCAGCUAAGAAUCAUAUAUCCAUCAAAACUGUCUCUUAAACAUGAAGGCAAAAUUAAGACAUUUCCAGAUAAACACAAGUUCAGGGAGUUCGUAAAAACCAAACCAAAAGUACAAGAAAUACUGAAGAGAAUCCUUUGCUUAGAAAAUCAAUAAUAUCAGGUAUCAACCCAAGACUAGAACACUGGGCAGACGAACCAGAAGUCAACCCAGACAGGGAAAUCCAAAAAAACAAAGAUUAAAAAAAAAAAAAAAAGCCCAACACAGG